UUCCUUGUUCGUAGUGCAGGGCCACUCGCUGGGCUCCGGCAGUCCGGGCUGAGCGGGAGCCGGCAUCUCCCACCCCUCCUCGGCGGCUCGGCUCUCCUCCGGCCCGGCUGGACCUUUCCCACAGACAACAAGGAAAGGGGUGGGGAAGAAAGUUUGCCCCGAGGACACCUCUCUCUUGCAGGACAUGGAGAACAGGCCAGCAGACACCAACUCAGAGGUGGACAAGUCAGCAUCACCCUCAGUGGCUCAGCUAGCAGGAAAGUUCAAAGAGCAAGCAGCCAAUAUCCCUGGAAAAGAGGUGCCACCACAUAAGCCAACUCGGAGGAAACCACCCUGCUCCCUUCCCUUGUAUUCCCACAAAACUGAGACAAGUGACAAUGAUGAGCAAAAGCGGUCGCCAAAUGCUUGCCCCAUUCCUAAGGUCAAGGUGAAAAGCUCACCUAUGAUUGAAAAGCUGCAGGCCAAUCUGGCUUUUGCUCCAGCUGCUCUGCUGCCAGGAGUGUCUCCCAAAAGCCCUGGGCUGAAGGUCCUGGUUUCUCCAUUCAGCACGCCUCCCUCCACACCCACCAGCCCAGGGACUCAGCCCCAGCCCAGCGAGACGCCAGUCAGCUUUGAUCAGCCCCCAGAAAGCACUCAGCUGCAGUUCUACAACAAGGUGCGGACGCGAGGAUCGAUAAAGCGCAGGCCUCCCUCCCGGAGGUUCCGAAGAUCUCUGUCCGAGUACGGGGACGGGGAAGAUUUAGGGGUCAACUUGUCUUCUCCAGAAAAUGGUGCCAGGGAAGAUGAGGUCUUUGGGCCCAGCGGCAAGACAGAGGAGGUGGAAACAGGGAGCAAAGAACAAAAGAAAAAGGCAGGGUCUGAUGAGAAGUCCCCAUCAAGGAGAGGAUCCAGCAGAUCAGAGGAUGAAGAAAAAGGCAGCAAAGAGCAGAAUAAACAGGCAGAGUCUGAUGAGAAGCCCCCGUCAAGGAGAGGAUCCAGUAGAUCAGAAGAUGGGGAAAAAGGGGAAAAACAGGCAGAGGAAAUUACUCCUUGCAAGAAUAACACAGGGAAUACAAAGGAGGAGGAAGUGUGUCAUGAUGCCCCAGGAGAGGAGAAUUCUCCUCAGCCUCCCUCUGGAAACAAUGAGAUGUGUGACAGUCCCCAGGGAGAAGAGCAGCAAAGCGCUGCCCGUGAACAAGGAAAGGGGGACAAGGAGAAGGAGGAAGCUGAAGCUGAAACAAAGGAGAGCAAUGAAAACACAGACACACAGAGAACAUCAGACACUGCAGAAACAGCACUGGCAUCUGAACAACUGCAGGAUGCAGUGGGAUUACAGACUGCCAGUGAGCCUGCAGUGUCAGUCACGCAGGACCAGGGCACAGUGUAGCUGUGACACACAGGACAUACCCAAUCAGGGCAGAGGAGACUUACCAUGUGGACAGGAGCCAUCUAACCCAAUCAUGGUGGAAGCUACUGGAAAACCUUCAGUGGCAGAAGAGGAGCAGAAUGCAGAAAUCCCCUGAUGUCCAGAGUCAUCACAGAGCUGAGUGGCCACUCGCUGGCUCUCUGCUUUGCACCAUCGUAUUUUGGGAUGGCUGGAACAAGAGACUGCAAUCUCUUCAGAGUUCAAAACUCAGGUGUUGGCAGGCAUUCCUUGGUGAUGUUUGGGGACUGAGAGACCUGAUACACUCUGUCCUGGAGGCAACAGCCACCACCACCACUCACAGUCCUUCUGCUUCUUCAUCCUACUCCAAAAUGUCUUUUUCUUCUCCCCUGCAUUGGUCUUAGAUGAAGUUCAUCAGUUAUGUACAUACAUACACGUAUGGUGCCUUUUUGGUAGCUUAUUUUAAAGUACUUCGGGUUUUAAAACUUCAGUAAAUAAUAUUUUAACAAUAGGAAUUUUUUCUCCAUAUGUGCUGUAUGGCAGACAAUAUGAACUCUGAAUACGGGGAAAACUCCUAGAACACUGAUCAUAAAACUAUAUAAAUAUAAAAUAUAAAAAUAAAAUCUCUUUGAAGUGGGGCUGAUCUGUGAAAAAGCCACCUGUGGUAGGCUGGUAGGUCCUGUGUGCUUCAGCUUUGUGGUGCUUUUAGUGUGGUGGAAAGUGACAACCAGCAGAUUGUAUGCAAAGAAAAGAUGUGCUGAGUAGCCCAAUAGGGCUGGUUUUCUUAUCUGGCUCUGGGCUCCAGUCCAGAUUUAGAAGGGCUGCUUGUCCAUCAAUCUUUCUCACUUCCAGACCCUAUCCAGUCUGUUUUGAAACUUCUGGUGUGUGGCCACCGGGAGUCACUCGUGGCAGAAAGCAUCCCAGCUUCCUGGAAACAGCCAAUUAAUUUUGUGCAGGUCAAAGAAGAAGUCCUAGCUGGCCAAGUUUCCAGCAGCGUUGCCUGGCUGAAUUGGCAAAGCUCAGGCAGCCAGUCCCUCUAAAGUACUUAUGUGCUGUCCUAGAUUUGCAUUCACUCUUGGACUACUAAAAGUCAUGGGCUAGCAGGCACUAUGAUUUUAAUCUGGAGAGUAUUUGGGGAAAGGUGGAUGUCAGACCCUCACCUGACCAGUUUCCUGACAGCAGUGCCUGAAGCUGUGCUGGCCACACAGAACAAAAUGUCCAUACUGUGAUGUGGGCUGAGGUCACACUUGCUGAGAGCCAGCAGCACUUGCCCUCCUGAAUUUUCAAAGGAUUGUUGGCAAACACGACCUCUACACCCUUUGGAGCCAUGCUGUGGAGCAUUGUUGCCUUUGAAUCCAUUUUAAUCUGCUUGCUCUAGCUUGUAUUCCAGGGCAGGCUGCAGUCAUUGGCUGCGCCCUGUUUCUUCUCUCAGUGUCCCAUCUGGAUGUGAGUGGUUGUGCCUUACUGUACAUACAGAUAUAUGUGUGCCUGUGUAGAGAACGUGUAUGUGUGUCCCGAGCACGGGAAUGGAAAUCCGAGAGAGAAACAGAAUAAAUAAAUGGUGGAAUAAAACCAAAGCA